AUGCGGUUUUUACUUUUAUUUACCUGGUUUACUAUAAUUUUUGGGAGAAGCCACCACUCGCCUCGUCAAGCAGUUCACGACUCAGAUACGAAUGAAUUUCCUGAUUUUCCGGAUAUUGGAAAAGUUACGGCAACAACCGCCACACCACAGGAGUCAGAACCGAUUCCAAUUGGAAAAGACAAAGAAGAAAACGCGUUUUCCUUUGCCACCGAUGAGUCGAAGAACUAUGGACAUAUCGAUGAAGGGGAAGCCCGUCUUGAGCCUGAAAUCCCGAAGCCGAGUUUCUCCGAAUAUCCCGACAAUUCCCCUACAACUCUAGCACCUUAUUUCGAAGAUCGAAACUCGAUGACUCCCAGCUAUAGGAUGAGGGUAUUCCAGCCACCUGCGAACACACCAAUGUACCAAAAUUCAAAUUAUAACACAAGACCUAUUCAAUCAACAGGAUACUCCACAUAUCAGAGAUCCUUCUAUUCACCGAAUCGCCCCUAUCGCCCCGCCUACUAUCCACCACAAAGAACUCAAGGAUACUAUCAACCACAACACUACACUUAUCCCGGGCAAGUGGACACAAGUGAUUUGGUGUAUUUGACGGCGAAUGGACCGGUGCCCGUGAAUCCAGCCCUUGGACCGAUCAUUCUUUAUGGGAAUGCUGGUCAAUCCCCGAUUUCCACGAGCUACGGUGGAUAUUCUGGUGCCAGCUAUGGCCAACAACAGCCGGUAUACGCUGGAUAUAAUGGAUAUUCUCAAGGCUAUUCUGCAAAUUAUGGUCAAAACAACGGUGGUUAUAGCCCAAGCUACGCCCAGCAAAGCUCUUACGGUCAAUGGUCUCCUUAUGGUACUUCAUAUAAAAUUGGUGGAGGAGCCACGUCGUAUCUGGGA